ACUUCAAAAUUAAUAAAAUAUUAAAUUUUUCGGUUUGAACAAGUGAAUUUCUAGUGAAAUCGUUAUUAUUACCAGUGUAUAAUGGGAAAAAGGAAACAUGAUCGUUAUAAUUCAAAAAUACGUCGUAAAAUACGACGAUUGGAACAAAAGUUACGGGACUCGAUAUCAAGUACGGACGGAGAAAACGAGAAUUUUAACUCAAGGUCACCAUCUCCACAACCUGUCUUCUUGUCUUCGCAAUCGGAACACUCGGACGGUGAUAGCCAAAUCAAGUCGUGUGUUGUGUCUGUCGACGGGCCUACAGACACAAAUAACAUACCCGCUACAGCAGCAAACUUGCUUGCUCAAGAACCUGGAAACAGUUCAGGCACUGUUCCUGACAGUGUUUUACCCCCGGAAAUUCUAGAUGCCCUAGGUGAUCCCGUGGGAAAAGAUGAGGUGCUAGGGGCACCUAUCAAUGAUGAAAUCGCUAAACGUUGGGGUCGGGUGCUUGUGGAAGGUAUGACCAAAGAUGCGAAAGAGAAUAUUAUGAAGCAGACUCUUAUACCUGAAAAUUUCGUUUUAUCAAAAGCACCUAAGCUUAAUUUGGAGAUAUCCGCAGUUCUAAGCGACAGCAUGAAACAAAGAGACAAACUAUUUGAAAAAGCUCAAAACCAACUUGGCUUAGCUAUAGCUGGUUUUUCAAGCUUGGCCUCCUCUCUGAUUAAGGAAGACCUUUCAAAAAUUGAAAUUCUGAAACGACUUUCAGAAAUAAGUCAGAUCUUGCUAGACUUGCAUCAUGAGAACACAAAACAACGACGAAAGUUAAUUACAACAUCGUUAGAUAAAAGGUUUAAUACCGCAAUCACGGACGUCAAAAGAGAUGCAUUCCUUUUUGGCGCCAACCUCGGGGAUACAAUUAAAGCUACUAAGUCAGCAGAAAGGUCUGGUCUUCAAAUCAAGCGCAGUAAUGUUGCUGUUCCCUCUACAUCAAAACAGCAGGGAAACUGGAGAGGCCCACCUAGGUAUCAAGCGACCAAGGCACCCAAACCGGGUGGGCAGAAGCCGAGGUACACCACCACGCAAGGAUAUACAACAUCACAGGGUCGGAGACCACAACCAACCACGAGUCGUGCUCAUCAAGUACAAAAGACGGAUCAAAGGACUCGCAGGAACAACUAG